CGGCUGUUUCCGGGGCGGGUUCGGGCCGUUCCGGCGACGCUCGGGCCUGUCCAAGGCUCCGCCGGGCCGGAGGCAGCAGCGGGCUGGAGGCGAGCGGCGGCGGAUGGGGCCGGCGGAGAGGCACUGGGAAGGGGAACAUAGCGUGCCACGCUGUUCCAGGCUGGGAGCCUACUGUGCUUUUCCUCCCCACACUCCAAGAGACUGGUUUUUUUGGUGAAACAGACCCUGAUCUCGGGUUUCUUUGCUGCAUGCCCGCUCACCAGUGCUGGAUUAUGUUCGUCUCCUUCUCCCUUUGCUCCAUAAUUUGGCUGAAUCGUGGUUUCAAGCUGAGGAAAAGGGGCUGCACCUAAGCGCUCCUGGGCACCCACACCAGGCUCCUGGGGUGCUGCUUCACACAGAGACAGUUCAGAGAGCUGAUGGGGCAGAGCUGCCUCUGAGGGCUCUCCUCUCCCACCUGGAACGUGCUGCCUCACCCUUCAGAGCCCUUCUCCCCCGGCAGAGAGGAUGGGCAGCACCGACGGCUUCCAGUACCGCGCGCUCUACCCCUACCGCAAGGAGCGCGAGGAGGACAUUGACCUGCUGCCCGGGGACAUCCUGGUCGUGAGCAAGGGGGCCCUGCAAGCCUUGGGCUUCAAGGAUGGAGAUGAGCAGACCCCCAAUCAGAUCGGGUGGAUCCUGGGCGUCAAUGAGCGCACCAAGCAGAAGGGAGACUUCCCUGGCACCUACGUGGAGUACGUGGGGCCGGUGAAAAUCGCUGUCCCCUCACACCGGCCCCGCGUGCAGAGACCCCUGCCUGCCACACCCGGGGCCACUGGUGGCCGGCUGCCCGAGGCUUUGGAGCAAGGGUCUCCUCUCCCGGACUUGCAGGAGCAGUUCAGCCCUCCCGAGAUUGCUCCGCCGCUCCUGGUCAAGCUGGUGGAAGCUAUUGAGAAGAAAGGGUUGGACAGCGAGAUGCUGUACAGGACAUCUGGCUCCGAACUGAGGCAGGCGCUGAGAACCGAUUGGACCCUGGGUGACCUGGAGCCCCUGGACGUGCACUCCCUGGGCGAGGCACUGCGAGGUUACCUGCAGGACCUGCCCUCCCCCGUGGUGCCGGUGUCAGUGCACGGAGAUAUCCUUCGCAUCCUGCAGGAGAUCCCCCAGGCAGAGAAUUGCCGGAAGCAGCUGCUGCUGGCCCUGGAGUCGCCUGCGGUGCCGCUCCAGAACACGCUCACCCUGCAGUUCCUGCUCCGGCAUCUGGGGAAGGUAUCGCAGCAGGCCGAGAGCAACAGCCUCCACCCUCGGGCCCUGGGAGAGAUCUUCGGGCCCCUGCUCCUCCGGCUGCCUGGCGCCAGCCCAGAGCUGAGCCCUGACUUCUCCGUGCUGUUUCUGGAGACACUUCUGCAGACAAAGGAGCUGGAGCCAGAGCAGUUGCCUCCAGCCCUGCCUCCCAAACCGCCGAAGCCGAAGCCCAGCGCAGCCAGCCUGGCCAACGGGAACAACGCGCCCUUACAGGACGCCGAGUGGUACUGGGGGGACAUUUCCAGGGAGGAGGUGAAUGAGAAGCUCCGGGACACACCAGAUGGGACCUUCUUGGUGCGUGAUGCCUCCAGCAAGAUCCAGGGGGAGUACACACUCACACUCAGGAAGGGAGGCAAUAACAAGCUGAUCAAGAUCUUCCAUCGGGAAGGCAAGUACGGCUUCUCGGAGCCGCUGACCUUUGGCUCGGUGGUGGAGCUCAUCACCCACUACAGGCACGAGUCACUCGCCCAGUACAACGCCAAGCUGGACACCAGGCUGCUCUACCCCAUCUCCAAGUACCAGCAGGACCAGGUGGUGAAGGAGGACAGCGUGGAAGCUGUGGGGGAGCAGCUGAAGGUUUAUCACCAGCAGUACCAGGACAAGAGCUGGGAGUACGACCUGCUGUAUGAGGAGUACACACGUACAUCCCAGGAGCUGCAGAUGAAGAGGACGGCAAUCGAGGCCUUCAAUGAGACGAUCAAGAUCUUUGAGGAGCAGUGUCAGACGCAGGAGAAGUGCAGCAAGGAGUACAUCGAGCGCUUCCGGAGGGAGGGCAACGAGAAGGAGGUGCAACGGAUCCUCAUGAACUCGGAGAAGCUCAAGUCCCGCAUCACAGAGAUCCACGACAGCAAGAUGAAGCUGGAGCAGGACCUGAAGAAACAAGCCUCGGAGAACCGGGAGAUCGACAAGCGCAUGAACAGCCUCAAGCCAGACCUGAUGCAGCUGCGCAAGCUGCGGGACCAGUACCUGGUGUGGCUGACGCAGAAGGGUGCCCGGCAGAAGAAGAUCAACGAGUGGCUGGGCAUCAAGAACGAGACAGAGGAUCAAUACUCCAUGAUGGAUGACGAGGAGGAGCUGCCCCAUCACGAGGAGAGGACGUGGUACGUGGGGAAGAUCAACCGUGUGCAGGCAGAGGAGAUGCUGUGUGGGAAACGGGACGGCACCUUCCUGAUCCGUGAGAGCAGCCAGAAGGGGUGCUAUGCCUGCUCCGUGGUGGUGGAUGGUGACACCAAGCACUGCGUGAUCUACAAGACGGCGACGGGCUAUGGGUUUGCUGAACCCUACAACCUCUACGCCUCCCUCAAGGACCUGGUCUUGCACUACAAGCACACGUCCCUGGUGCAGCACAAUGACUCCCUGAAUGUCACGCUGGCUCACCCAGUCCUCUCCCAGCCACCAGCCAGAUGAGCAGCCCAUGCACAACACAACAGCUGCCUUCAGCUUCUCCCCAGGGCGCUGCUUUCUGGCUCUGGACUCUUGCACCCUGUAUAGUUGAGUCUCUGUGCUCCUGCUCCUUCAGAGCCUCUGAGAUGUCUGUGACCGUUUCUGAUGUCCCUCUUGGUCAGUAGCUGAAACCCGUGUUGGCUGAUGGGACAGAAAGGCUGGGCUGUAGAUUUGCAGUGGCCUCCAGCCUCUAGGAGGUGGGAUCCAGUUGUGAUUGAAUUGCUGGGGGUGAGCACAGCCCCCUCCCCUUCCCUGACAAGCAGGUCAGAUCCCCUUUUUGCUGGCAGGUCGCCCCGCUACGCAUCACUGUAGAGCUUUGGUUCUUGAUUCCUCGGUGCUGGGACCGAGGGGUUCCCUGCAUGGACACCCGAGGAGGCAGAGGAGGAGGAGGCUCCACUGAGUGUGUGCAUCCUUCUCUCUCACUUCUCUGAGUGGCCUCGCAGGCUGUGAUGGUGUCUGGUACGAGGGGUGCUGCUCUUGCAUGCAGAGACACAUUUAGGAAGGAGAAACCUCAUCCUCAGUGGGGCUCCCUGGCUGAGAUCUUCGCUCCGUGCUGUGCCCCACCUGGCCACCAUUCCCUCUUGUCAUAACCACCUCUGGAGUGUUGCUGCCUGGGCUGGGAGGAUCUGCUUGGCCACGAAUCUCCCACCUUAGCUGUGCCAACGAAGCUGUGAAACCCGUGUUGGUACC